AUGGCGUCCACGCUUGUGUUCCUCCUUCUUCUCUCCUCCUCCUUCUCUCUAUGCCGUGCUCUUCCACGCGAAGCCAUCUUGGACGCCGCAGAUGUUCUCUCCGAUUCAGGCUUCGUCUCAAUGGCACUCACGUUGGAAAUCGUGGCCAAAACCCUUCUCGAACCGUCCCCUUCCGCCACCGUCUUCGCUCCCUCCGAUUCCGCAUUCAAGAAAUCCGGUCAGCCAUCCCUCGAUCUCCUCCGCUUCCACCUCUCUCCCCUGCCGCUGCCGCCGCUGAGUCUCCGGCUGCUCCUGCCCGGCUCCAACAUCCCGACGAUGCUCGCCGGCCAGUCUCUGACCGUCACCGCGUCAACCUCCGAGGGCGCAACCUCUCUCAACAACAUCAGAAUCACAGAAUCGCCCAUUUACGACGACGGAUUUCUCCUAGUCUACGGAAUCGAAAGGUUCUUCGAUCCCAAUUUUCAGUACACAGAUUCCAAUCAGAGACCUAACCCCAAUCCCAAUCCUAAUCCCUCGUGUGCAGUGAAUAACAACACUGUGAGUUCCUUCGAUCAAGCCGUUGAAACCCUAAAAUCCGGCGGGUACUCUGCCAUGGCUUCGUUUCUCGGAAUGCAACUCUCCGGCGUGGCGGAUCAUAGUGGAAUCACAGUGUUUGCUCCUACGGAUGAAGUGGUGCUGAACCAUAUUGGGGAUUUGGGAGAGCACCCUUCGUUCUUUCGUCGCCAUGUUGUUCCCUGCAAGCUUCUGUGGAACAAUCUGGUGGAUUACACUGAUGGAUCGGAACUGCCGACGUUCUUGGAAGGGUACAGUAUCAACAUCACGAGAUCCGGUGGCGUUUUGAUUCUGAACGGAGUUCCGGUUUUCUUUCCGGAUAUAUUCUUCAAUGACAAGGUUGUUGUUCAUGGCGUCAGUGAUGUUCUGGCUGUGCAAGACAACACCCGUCAAGUUGUGCACGUUGAUGAUGAGGAAAAUGUGUUUGACCCUGAUGAAUUUUGA